UUUUAUGGUUAGGGGAAAUGUCAUUACUUUAAAACCACCACUCUCACAAGAGGGAAGCCUUUGUCUUUCGUUUUACUGUACACCCUUGCUCAUUAAGGCCUUGAACGUGUCCAGCGGUUAAUACAUUUAUAUGCGUUGCAAUGGCAGGCGCUGAGUACAUCAGAGUUUGUGAGGAUGAGGACGAAACACCUGUUGAAGUUCCGAUAGAGGACGAUGGCACAGUACUGUUAACCACACUGAACUCUAUUUUCCCAAAGUCAACUGGCCUUAAAUACUUGGCUCCUGAGUCAGGGUGUUAUAGAGGCGUUAGACUAAAUGAAGGAAAGCUGUUUGCCCCAGCAGAUGGAUGGGUACAUGUAUAUCAGUGUGCAUUUCCGAAAGAAAAAAUGUAUGUAGACAAUAAACGUAAAGGCAAUGAGGAUCAGAACUCUUUAGUAUCCAAAUUUAAAAAGCUAGACGAUAAAAAGUGCACUGAUCUGAUUGUUUUGAACUUGGCAUGGAAGACUGAUGAAUCUACACUCAGAGAAUACUUUUCGAGGUACGGUGAUCUCGUGACGGUGCAGAUCAAACGUCAUCCAGGGUCCCAUUUAAGCAAAGGGUAUGGAUUCAUACGCUUUAGUGAUGUAGAAUCCCAAAUUAUGUGCUUGUCUGAACGUCACAAUAUUGAUGGCAGGUGGUGUGAUGUAAGGAUACCCAUUUCCAAAUCUGAGGGGGAUCGUCAGGAAGUAAGCCGAAAGGUACAUGUUGGUGGAAUCACAGAGUCAAUUACACCAAAUGUUUUGAGAGAGUAUUUUUCGCGUUUUGGAACAGUGAUUGAUGUCUUCAUUCCGAAACCAUUUCGCUCAUUCGCAUUCGUAUCAUUUGAAGAUCCUGAAGUUGCAGCUGAUUUACUGGGCAAAGAUCAAGUCAUAGAGGGGGUGUCUGUUACUAUUGGAUCAGCUGUCCCUAAGCUGCCUCCUCAGCAAAACAGGCAAAAUCCGUCCAUGUAUUCCGGGUCGCACUAUGGGAAUUCCCACAACCCAUGGGCCUGGCCAUAUCCUUCAGUAAUGAAUGGUCCAAAUCCACGCGAUUUUAAUUCUGGGAUGUACAAUUCUAUGAAUUCAAUGCACAAUUACAGUAUGGCAUCUCAUUCACCGCUUGGAAACAAUUUUCCACCUUACCAAAGGCAGUACACUUCGAAUGCAAACAGAAUCAAUAUGUAGACAUGAGUUGGACCCAUAUUGCAUUUCUGCGGCGCAGAAUCUGUCGCUGAUGCAUCCUUAUUCCUAAUCAUACUGUUGCAAUUUUUAAGAGUUAUCAUGGUUGCGAUGUAUGGAUAGCGUUACAUUUUGGUCACCAUUUCACUUUGUGAUAUCUGGUUAAAAAUGACUUUUGUAAAGUUUUCAUGUUUAUCAUUUAUUGCCUACUAACAUUAAUUGAAGUUAACCAGUACACAUACUUUGUAUUCUGUAUUAAAACUUUUAGUUGAAUAAAUAUAUUUAUCCUAAAACUCUUUGUAUUCAUUUUCCAUAACUGAAAUUAUUGAUAGACUAAUAAGGUGAAUUUUUGUACGUAGUUUCUUUGUUAAUAAAAAUGUCUAUUCUGCCAGUUAUUAAUACAACGUGUUUUAACAUGUUUAUCGCUACGCUAUGAAACCUAUAUGCUACAAUGAUGUAGAAUAAAAAUAGAAUAUUACAUUUCGAUUUAAAUUAUGUUAAAUUUUGAAAAUAGUGGUAAACCAUGCUUUGUUUACUGUCUCUUUACUAAGUUACGUUAUAUUUCCGAUAUUAAAGUUGCCUAUUGUUGGUCAAUUAAAAAAUAUGUAGCAAAAAGCUACAAAUCAGAGACUUAGCACUACAUACUCUCAUAGAUUGAUAAAAAACUGAAUGCUUCUAAAAUUAAUACAAAAUGCGAUUGUUGUUGAAUUCUCAAUAAAAAAAGUAAUUUUGUUCGUUUUGUUUGCAUACUGUCUCUCUGUUUCUCUCUUCAAUCUAGCUUUUUUGCGUCUGUUUGUAUGUACAAAAAAGAGUGAAUCAGCGAUGAGAUCAGAUCAUCAAAUUGUCUGCAUUAACCCCUUCUCCUACAGACUAUAAUUUUCUGCGGUCUACACAGUUUCUGCGAUUAUGCCCGUUGACAACAAAGCAUGAUGAUCACUAAUGUGAUUGACUGAUGAAUAUAUAUAUAUGUAUAUAUAUAU